CUUCACAAACUCGUUCAUAUCAUGGACUCUUUCCAACUCAAUUCCAAUUCUGAUUCCAUCAAAGACAUCUUCGACUCUUCACUAAACCUAGAAGAAACACACUACAAGGAAGGCUACACAGAGGGCUAUAAUGACGGAUUAUCCUCGGGAAAAGAUGAGGGUCGUCAAGUGGGUCUCAAAACAGGUUUCCAAGUUGGCGAAGAACUAGGGUUUUACAGAGGUUGUAUUGAUAUAUGGAACUCUGCAAUCCGAGUCGACCCGACUUGUUUCUCCUCCAGGGUUCAGAAAAGCAUUAAGCAGAUGGAUGAGUUGGUGGAAAAGUACCCGAAAUUGGAGCCAGAAAAUGAGUCUGUGACUAAUAUUAUGGACUCCUUGAGGUUAAAGUUUAGGGCUAUUUGUGCUACUAUGAAUGUGAAGUUAGAGUAUGAUGGUUAUCCAAAGCCUUCAGAUGUUAAGGAUAUCAUGUAA